GUCCUGGUGACUUGUGUCUUUUUAAAGGUCAGAAUUCCAGAAGUACAGUUAUGGUGGGCCAAGAGAUAUCAGGUUCUGUGGGUUUGACCUCAGAUUCUGUGAGAUACACAAUUCAGACAAGACUUCUGUUCUCUUCUACUCGUGCUCUGAAUAUGUAGUUCCUCCUGCUUGGAAUGCUCCACUCCUCCUCUUAAUUAGCCAUACUUCCCAUUGCCUCCAGCUGUUGCACCGAGGUUUCACAUCAUAUUUCCAGAAGGCUUCUGGAAAGAGUGAAUAUGUGUCGCAUCCAGAGAGCUGAUGGAGACUGUGACUUAGCUGCUGUCAUCCUUCAUGUCAAACGCAGAAGAAUCUGUGUCAGCCCACACAACCAUACUAUUGAGCAGUGGAUGAAAGCAGCCAGGAAAAAUGGAAAAGGCAACCUCUGCCAUAAGAAGAAACCCCAAGGCAAGAGGAACAGUAACAAGGCACAUCAGAGGAAACAUGUAAUCUACAGCCUUAAAUCUCCUUAUUAGAGAGUUUACAAAGGAAUCUACAAAGAUGGUCCUGCCAGUGAACUUGGCCAUGGUUGGUUAUAAAUUUGUCACCUGAAUUUUCCUUAUUGGCAGACAACAGAUUUUAAAAAAUGAAUAAUUGUACAAUAUGCAAGUGUAGCCAAUAAUAUACGUAACUGAAAAAUGAAAUGGAAAGAGCAUGUAGAUAUAAUUUCUCCAACUUUUUUAUUGGGAAGUUUUCCAGACCUAUAGAGAAAUUAAAAGGAUGGCACAAUGAAUACCUAUAUAUCUUUCAUCUAUAUUAGUCAUUAUUAU